AUGGAUGACGAAGUCAGUUCAGACUUGCAGAAAUGUUUGUCUGACGGACCCAUGGAAACGGACGAAGGACCGCUGAUUAAUGAAAACUCUAAUGGACUUUCUCAUCUACUUACUGAGGGAGAGUUCAAUAGUGUAGACGCUGUGGUGGCGGAUGAAUCGUCGGCAUCGAAUCAAGGUUUCCUCAAUGCGGUCGAGUUGUCAGCGGGUAGCGUGGGUGACUACUUGAAUAACAAGCCGGACAGUUUCAAUGCGGAUUCUUUCGAUGUCGGGGACAAUGCGAUUACUUUCCCAAGCGAUUCUCUGAGUAACGUGCUCUCCGAUGGCGACUCGAUGCAAGGCGACAUUGUGUAUAAACCAACCGCCUUUGAUACUGAUGGUGAUGUUGCAGAGAGUGAGAAGCCCAAAAUGGAAACUGAUUUUGAUCAAGAGCCUAUUAGUGAAUUGUCAAAUGAUGUUACUUCAGAACAUCUUGAUGAACCAUCCACAAAAAUGGAUGAUGACAGUGCCACUGGUGAUUUGAAGUUUAGUGAAUCCACUAACAAUAGCAUGGUGGCAAAUGACACUAACACAAUGGACAGAGAGGACGAUGUUUUUGAUAUUACAAGAGACUCUGAAGAGGAUUCACAUAAGAAUGAUGUACAGGUUAUAGAAGAUGACAAAAUUGAAAACAUUGAGCAUGAAACUGAAAAGAAACAGAAAAGGGUUGUAAAAGAGGAUGUUACUGAAACUACACUGAACCCCCAAUCUCAAACACGACUUGAAGCUCCAGAACCAUCAAAGGAUGUGAAAGAAUACACUACUCAAAAGAAAAUGGAGGAGACUGGUGGUGCAGAAGAGACAGAGGUGGUUUCUGAAGAUGAGUUACCAGUAGUACAGAAACCUAGUGUGAAAGAUGCUGAGAAUGUAUCUGAUGAUGAGUUACCAGGACCAAAGCCAGCUGAAUUACCAGCUGAUACUGAGGUUGUAUCGGAAGAUGAAUUGCCGACAUCAAAAAAGGAGUCUAAAGAAUCGCGGAAACGCAAACCUGAUGAAGAGAGAGAUGGUUAUGACCCAGGAUCACCUACAUCAGAAAAUGAAUCAUCUAGCAAAAAGCAAGCAGUAGCAAAGAACGGUGAGAGUAAGCCAGUGCCAGUUGAGAAAAGAUCAUCGAUUGACGAGAAACCAAAGAAAAAAGUACUACCUGAAUUGGACAAAUACUGGAAAGUUGUCAACGAUGAUCCCACUGAUUUCACUGGAUGGACUUAUCUGUUGCAGUAUGUGGAUCAAGAGAGCGACGUGGAGGCGGCUCGCGAAGCGUACGACGCUUUCUUGUCGCAUUACCCGUACUGCUACGGCUAUUGGCGUAAAUACGCCGAUUACGAGAAACGCAAAGGAAGUAAAAAGAAGUGCCUCGAGGUUUUGGAAAGGGGACUCAAAGCUAUCCCUCUAUCAGUAGACUUGUGGAUACAUUAUCUGAAUCAUAUAAGAUCCACUAGAACUGAAGAUCAUGCCUAUAUCAGAUCACAAUAUGAAAGGGCUAUCGAUGCAUGUGGAUUGGAAUUUAGAUCGGAUCGAUUGUGGGAAUCUUACAUUAAAUGGGAAGCAGAAAACGGAUCGGCCCUUAAUGUAACUAAUAUUUAUGAUCGUUUAUUGGCAACACCAACUCUUGGAUACACAUCACAUUUUGACAAUUUCCAAGAGCACGUGAUGUCUGAGCCGGUGACCGGCGUAGUGGGUCAGACUGAGCUGGUGCGUCUGCGCGGGGAGGUGCGCGACGCGGCCGGUGCGCAGCCGCAGCUGGACCUGCCGCCCGGCGAGGACGAGCCCGGCGACCACGUGGCGUCUGAAGAAGAAGCCCAAGCUAUAAAAGAGCGCAUAAUCGCAGCACGGAGAAAGAUUCACAAGGCGACUGGCGAAGAAGUCACCGCACGGUGGACUUUUGAAGAGGGAAUAAAGCGGCCGUAUUUCCACGUGAAGCCCCUGGAACGAUGCCAGCUGAAGAACUGGAAAUCAUACUUGGAGUGGGAGAAGCAGCACGGCUCACUGAAACGGGCUUUAGUACUACACGAGAGGUGCCUUAUAGCGUGCGCGCUCUACGAAGAGUUCUGGAUGAGGUUAAUAAAAUUCCUCGAAGAACGUGCUGAGACGGAACCGGAGCUAAUAGCAGUGGAGCGAGAGGUGUUAGAACGUGCGUGUACUGUACAUCAUUUGGACAAACCCGAGCUGCAUCUACACUGGGCACAGUUCGAGGAGGCCCAGGGCAACCAGGCCAAGGCGGCCGAGAUACUCGACCGCAUCGAGAAGACAUGCCCGACACUGAUGCAGAUACAGUACAGACGUGUAAAUCUGGAGCGUCGACGGGGAGAUUACGAGAAAUGUGUACAGCUGUACGAAGGUUACAUUGCCUCUGCCAAGAAUAAGGCGGUCGCGUCCGCUCUCGCUAUAAAAUACGCUCGGUUCCUGUUCCACGUGCGGAGCGAUCCGACCGCGGCGAGGAAAGUGCUCGACGACGCCGUCACCAAGGACCCGCUCAACUAUAGACUACACAUGCAGAGGCUGGAUCUCGCACUUCAUACCCCUGGUGUCGCUUAUGAAGAAUUGGAAGAUUUGGUCGGGUCGUACGAGCGUCAGGAGGGCGCGGAGGUGGAGGUGAGCGCGGCGAUGGCGUGGCGGCGGCGCGAGCUCGCCGAGGAGGUGGGGGGGGCGGCGCACGCGCGACGGGCGCACGCGCACGCGCGCGCACUCGCCAAACACCUGCGCAAGCGCGCGCGCAAGGAUAAGCACGACCCGCCGCCGCCCACCAGUUCAUCCAGUGACGCGACGAAAAAGAAAGACUGCACGAGUUCAAGCGCCGCGGCCACGACGGCGACCAGUUCGUAUUAUCAAACGCCGACGGCGACUGCGCAGUCUUACGAGCAAUCAUACGCGCAGCCCUACCAACCGCCUUGGGGAUAUCAGCAACCGCCCGGACCUUACCAACAUCAUGCGCAUCCUUGGCCCCAAUACCCGAACUAUUACUAA